AUUCUGUGUCUCGUUUCAGUUCAGAAACUGCGUAAAGUUGCUGAGGACGUUAAUCUGGAGGGCAUGCAGGUGAAAAUCCUGCCGGCUCUGCAGGACAACUACAUGUACUUGAUUGUGGACAAUAAGACGCGCGAGGCAGCUGUGGUGGAUCCUGUGGAUCCCGAACUGGUCAUCAAGACCGUCCAAGAGGAGAAUGUGACGCUCAAUAAGGUGCUGACCACCCAUCAUCACUGGGAUCAUGCCGGGGGCAAUGAGAAGCUCGUCAAGUUGUGGGAGAAGGAGUUGGAGGUGUAUGGCGGCGACGAUCGUAUCGGCGCGUUGAACAAAAAGGUUCGCCAAGAUGACAGCUUUACCAUUGGCAGUCUCAACGUACGUUGCCUGUCCACUCCUUGCCACACCACCGGGCACAUUUGCUAUCAUGUCACCGCCGGCGAUGGGAACGGCGAGGGAGCUGUCUUCACUGGCGACACUCUCUUCCAGGGAGGCUGUGGCCGCUUCUUCGAGGGCACACCCGAGGAGAUGUACGAGGCUCUGUGCACUAAGCUAUCGGCCCUGCCGGACACCACGAAGGUCUUUUGUGGCCACGAAUACACACUGCAGAACAUGAGCUUUGCCCGCCAUGUGGAGCCCGAUAACGAGAGUAUACAGCAACGCAUUGAGUGGGCCAAGCUGCGACGUGCAUCUCAGGAUCCCACAGUGCCCUCCACCAUUGGCGAGGAGAAGAUCUGGAAUCCGUUUAUGCGUGUCCACGAAGCUUCUGUUCAGAAGCAUGCCGGAGGAGCAACCGAUCCCAUUAUAACCAUGGGCAAGUUGCGCAAGGAGAAAGAUAACUUCAAGGCCUAAGGGCUUUUUAUUUGAUAAAUUUAAAAUGUGAUUAUUGGGUUUUGAUUAA